GGUAUGAUAACAACAUUUGUAUUUCUUUUUUAAGCGUCGAAGAGGUCAUGAGACAGACGAUAAGAAUCAUGGAUGCAGUGCUUUUAUGAAACAGAAGAAAGUUGAUCCCGUUUUCAUUGAAGCCAUGAAAGGCUCUGGUGAUACGAAUUUGCCACAAGCAUUAAAAGAUGUAAAAGUAUAUCUUAGACGCAUUCAUUUUGUUUGAGCCGCUAUCAAUGUUUGUUGUCUAAUCGAAAUAAAAAAUAAGUUUAUAAUAGAAUUUGGAAACAAAGCAAAAUCAAUAAUCAAAUUAACCUUGCCCUUUUCUUCGUAUAAUGAAAACAUGAUAGGCACACUAUUUUCCUGAGCAUUUUACAUCUUAUGUAUUUUACAAACGUACUGACCAAUAGCACAGCUUAAUACUGUAGCUAAAACAGUUUGUCUAGUUCCGACGGACGAAUAACGCUUGUCAUAAAAAUCAAUUCAAAAACCCUGCAUGGUAUGGUUACAAAUUUUUAUUACUUUUCUAAGAUUGAAAAAUAUGGUACGACACACGACAUGAACCUUGGAUGCAGUGGUUCUACGAUCGAGCAGAAAGUUUUUCCAGGGUCUGGUUACAAGAACUUGCCACUCUCAGUGGAAGAUUUGAGUGUAAAUCUUUAACAUCUACUUUUUUCCAAGCGCAAUCUUUAUAUAAUGUCCAACCUAAAUAAAAACAAGUUGUAAAUAGACUUUGGAAUCAGAGAAAAACAGUAAAUAAAAUCAACCUUUCCCGUUUUGCUUAUAAUGAAAACAUGAUAAGCACACAAUAUACCCGAGCAUUUUACAUAUUUAUCUUAUCUUAAUUUUUCAAACAUACUGACAAUUAACACAGCUUAAUACUAAAGCUAUGGCAGUUUGUCAAGUUGCGAUUGACAAAUGAUGCUUGUAAAGAAAUCAAUUCAAAUAUAUGCAUGCUAUGGUAACAACAUUUUUUUUCUUUGUUUGAGAUUGUACAAGAUCGUGAGACAGAUGACGAGAACCUUGGAUGUCGUAGCUUGACGAACCACAAGAAUGAUCAACCCGGUAAUCUUAACGACAUGUGGGUCUCUGGUGGCAAGAACAUGCCACAACCAGUGAAAGAUAUUGGACAAGAUCAUGAGACAGACGAUGAGAACCCUGGAUGCAGUGGUUUGACGAACUCUAGGAAAGUUGAACCUUUUUACCUUGAAGACACGAAGGGCUCUGAUGACAAGAAUUUGCCACAAAGUGGACAAGAUCAUGAAAAAGACGACGAGAACCUUGGAUACAGUGGUUUUACAAAUCAGAGGAGAGUUGAUCCCGCGAACCCCGAGGAUAUGAAGGGCUCUGGUGACAAGAAUUUUCCACAAGUGAAUGAUAUUGUACAAGAUCGUGAGACAGAUGACGAGAACCUUGGAUUUCGUAGCUUGACGAACCACAAGAAUGAUCAACCCGGUAAUCUUAACGACAUGAGGGGCUCUGGUGGCAAGAACAUGCCACAACCAGUGAAAGAUAUUGGACAAGAUCAUGAGACAGACGAUGAGAACCCUGGAUGCAGUGGUUUGACGAACCCUAGGAAAGUUGAACCUUUUUACCUUGAAGACACGAAGGGCUCUGAUGACAAGAAUUUGCCACAAAGUGGACAAGAUCAUGAAAAAGACGACGAGAACCUUGGAUACAGUGGUUUUACAAAUCAGAGGAGAGUUGAACCCGCGAACCCCGAGGAUAUGAAGGGCUCUGGUGACAAGAAUUUUCCACAAGUGAAUGAUAUUGGACAAGAUCGUGAGACAGACGACGAAAACCUUGGAUGUCGUAGCUUGACGAACCACAAGAAUGAUGAUCCCGGUAAUCUUAAGGACGUGAAGGGCUCUGGUGACAAGAACAUGCCACAACCAGUGAAAUAUACCUUCGAAAGCAGAGCCGGAUACAAAAGCAAAGAAGUUAAAAAUGAUCAAAAUCUUUGUAGUUCUAUGAACACCUCUGAAGAUAGGCAAAUGCAGAUUGAUUGGCAAGAGGGAAUAUAUAAUCCAAUAAGGAUUGGGAACACAAUACCGGUUCCUGAAGAUAUGUGUGAUCCAUAG